CUCCAGAUCACCUCCAAGCACCUCGCUGAGGCCGCCAGCAAGUCAGAGGUGGAGUCUGGGGAUGAGGAGGCGGCGAAGGAACGAGAGAUGCUGCUGAAGCUGGUGGAAGAGAAGAAGAAAGAGGAAGAGAAAGGCCAGAAAGUGUCGGAGGAGGAGGGCCGGCUGAUCGAGAAAGAGGAGCGCAACACAGGCUCCCUCUCCUGGAAGGUGGUGGUCUUCUACCUGCGUGCCAUGAAGUACCCGCUAGCCUGCCUGGUGCUGGCACUGACCGUCCUGCAGCAUGGGCUCCUAGUGGGGACCGACUUCUGGCUGUCCAGAUGGUCCGAGGCCGGCGACAGACUUGCCGUGGAAAACGCCACCGAGGCGGAGAGGCAGAACCUCCAGCAUUACUACGUCUACAGCUACACCGCGAUGAUCAUCGCUGCUGCCUUGUUGUCCUUCAUCGCAACCUUAGUGUUGUUCCUAUCAGGCAUGGUGGCAGCCAGGCAUCUGCAUUCCUGCAUGCUGGGCGUCAUCUCCAAGGCCCCCAUGCGUUUCUUUGACACCACGCCUGUCGGGAGGAUCCUCAACCGUUUCUCGUCGGACACCAAUGUCAUCGAUUCUGCCUUGAUGAACAACGUGAUGUUUUUGCUGGAGUCCACCUUUAAGUGCCUGACAGCGAUACUAGUCAACAGCAUAGUUAGUCCCAUUUUCAUCCUAGUCAUGCUACCUGUCUUCAUCUGCUACAUUCUCUUACAGCGCUACUACAUCACUACAUCCAGGGAGUUGCAGCGACUGGAUAGCAUCACCAAAUCACCCAUCUACGCUCACUUCUCGGAGAGCUUGACCGGGCUGUCAACCAUCCGUGCAUAUAGAGAUGAGAAGAGGUUCAAAAACCAUCUUCUAGAUUCCAUUGAUAACAACACCUUAGCGCACCUGUAUGCAAACACCUGUAACCGCUGGCUGGGAAUACGAUUGGAUGCAGUGGGUAACCUGACCGUGUUUAUAGCCGGUCUGACUGCACUCAUUGUGGCUGUCACCUCUGACCUCGAACCCAGCUAUGUAGGCCUGGCAUUGGCCUACUCCUUGUCUGCUGCCAACAUGCUGAAUUGGUUCAUUCGUCAGACCUCGCUGAUUGAGAUGCAGAUGAAUGCCGUUGAGAGGAUUAAGUACUACAGCGAAAUCCCGACAGAAAAUUACCAAGGUGAAUUACCCAAGGCUGAGUGGCCUGACCAGGGAGCAGUGUCAGUGGAUAAUAUAUCGGUGCGCUAUGCUGAGAAACUGGAUCCUGUUCUUCAGAACAUCUCUGUGGAUAUACAGCCAGGACAGAAGAUUGGUAUAUGUGGGCGUACAGGCAGUGGCAAGUCUUCCCUCACUCUAGCUCUAUUCAGAAUUGUAGACACAUUCAAAGGUAAAGUCUUAAUUGACAAUGUUGACAUUGCAUCAUUACCGUUGGAUCACCUCCGACUGAAACUUUCCAUCAUUCCUCAAGACCCUAUCUUGUUCAGUGGCUCGAUCAGGUUUAAUCUGGACCCUCAUGGUAAAUGCAGCGAGGAUGAACUGUGGACGGCGCUGGACAUUGCCCAGCUCAAGGCAGUGGUCAGUGAGCUGGACACUGGUCUAGAUUCCAAGGUAGCAGAAGGAGGAGACAACUUCAGCAUGGGUCAGCGUCAGCUGUUCUGCCUGGCUCGUGCCUUCCUGAGGAAAUCCCGCAUCCUCAUCCUAGAUGAGGCCACCGCAUCCAUCGACAUGGAAACGGAUGACAUUGUGCAGAAAGUGUUGGCAGAGGAAUUCAGUGACCGUACCAUUCUCGUCAUUGCUCACCGAGUGACAACCAUCCUCGAUGCCGAUCGCAUCUUGGUGCUGAACGAGGGCGCUAUUGUAGAGUACGACACUCCACAGAACCUGCUGGCCCAAGAGGACAGCCAGUUUGCCUCCUUCGUCCAAAGUGCGCAUCACUAAUGCCAUCAGGAUUUAUUUGGGAUAAAAAUCUGAAGAAAGUCCUUUUUCAGUUAAUUAGGUAAGGCAGUAAAACUCUUCUGAGCUAACCUGCAUGACAGCACUUACAGCCUACAUUUUCGUUAAGCUGUAAGCAUUUUCUCUUUAUUAACUAAUUAUUACUAACCCAGUAUUUUAAGAAGCAUGCGUGUUGAAAUAAGACAAAUAGUUUAGUUUAGACAUAAAUUCUUGCCCUUGGUUCACACCCAAGCCAUGUGUAACUGAAACAAACAAAAAAGGAGGGUAACUGAAAGGAAAUAAAAGGGUGGGACCAUUUUUGAAAUUGCCUUUUUUAAGGUCUUGUUUUUUUAGACCGUCGCAUAAGUGGGCCAAGAGUUUCCUGAUAACUGAAAUUUUUAAGCUUGCCAUGGUUUUAAGCACUGUGCGAUGUGUCUUGCAUGAACUGUUCAUAUUGGGUACCGGCAUUGUUCAAUGCUGGGAAGGUAACAGACUCGCUGUGGAGGAGGUGUGGCGAUCCCCCCACAGCAGCAUAUGAGUCUGGCCCAAUCACUAAUGAAAGAGAGAUGGGCACUCCAUUCCUGUAAACACAGGUUCAUCCCUUUACCUUUUUCAUAUUGUAUUUUAUGUAAAUUCUCUAGAUUUAAUGGAGUUAGGCUGAAAAUCCAUUCGUCUUUCAUGGAUUAAGUGUAGUGAGUACUGCGUGAAAAUCAGUUGUUCGAGAAGCAACGCCCAUACGUCAUUGUAUAGCCUACUGCGCUAUCCGUUGAAAUUUUGUAGGCUAUAGGUAGCGAUUUAAAUGGAUGACGCAUACAAUACGCAUGGGAUUUGUUGCCCGCAACUUAUAAGAACAAUGUUGUGGCGGGGUAAAAAGAUAAAUAUUUAUUGUUUGCUUUAAAAACGAAGCAGUUUAUAUGUGAAUCUCAUUCAAACAAACUAGGGCCUGCCUUGAUUUUAUUUCUCAAAUCCUCCAUUGAAGUAAAACAUGGACAUUCAUACCCUUUGGUUUUUUUUUGAGAAGUUAUAAUCUGGUCAAUGCUUAUGUCAUAAAAUAUGUACUUUGCCAAAGCUAAUCCAAAUUUGAUUGAGACUUGAUUUUCCUUCUUGCAAGUACACGUGGAUUUACAGAGUACAGAUCACGGAUACGCAAGUGGUAAAUGCACUGCGUAAAUGGAAAACAGACACAUGGAUUUUCGGCCUUAUGGCGUAUACACCCAUUGGGCAACAGUCGCCUGGCUUUUGCAUGCUUUCAACCCUUCUAUGGAUUAAAAUGUUCAGACGUGUCAGCAAGAAGAGCUGAGAAAGUGUAUUAUUGAAAAUGGAGAUAAUUGCAGAAAAUAAGACUUGUUUAAAUUCUAUACCACAAAAAAAACACACAGUGGCUAUUCUUAUUAAGUAUGAGCUAACGCACAUUAUCUAUUAAGCAGGGAAAAAUCAUUUACAUUAUAUGCUACCUCAAAACUUAAAACUAGUAUUUAUAAAAUUAUUAACCCUAACCACCCAACCCUUGAAAAUCCAACUGCAUGUUUCUGUGAUUCUGUUGGAGUGAGUACUGCACUAGUGAACUGAUUUAUGCUUUACAUGGGGUCAAGCAUACCACCAUAAGCAGAGUCCAACAGUUUGGGUGUUGAGUUUACCAUAUGGUGUUGGAUUUUGCAAGAGUGAGGAAGGUUCCUAGUAAAUCACGCAAGGGGGUUAGGGUUAACGAUAUUUUGUACACGGUAGUCUUAUUUGUCUUUCCUAAGCAUUUUAUAAACUUUAUGUAUUUAUUUAAUAACAACUUACUUAUGAAGGGUUUCCCUUCGCACACAUGGUGUGUCCCCUCCACAUGUACAGGGUUCUCGAAAGUGAUCCAAAAGCGCCCUCACGGGUUGGCGCACGGAGCCCAUAGUCAGAAAAACAUAAUGUGGUUACGGGUACAUUCUGGUAGUUUUUGUACCUGUAUUUUCCUUCCAUUUUAACGUUCUUGCCAUGAUGAAGAAAAUUACUAUUUGUAGCCUGAAAAUAUUUUAAGUAGUUUUGUAAGUUACUUUCUAAUAAUGUUGAUUAACUUACCUGUAGGAGUGAUCAUUCUCAGCUAUUUUGGAAACUAUUUAUUCAUUAAGUAUUUUGUCCAACGAAGAGAGUUUUAAAUGAAAGACUUGUUUGAAAAUAUAACUGCCAUCUGUACUGUAUUCAUGCAGAAGCUAAACACAGAUGCAAUGUUUGCAUUGAAAUGCACAUGCGCAGUUUUCAAGUGAAAAAUACUGAAAUUGACGAGUCAGCAAAUUUUGUGGGGAGCUGAAUUGUUGCGGGGCAGUGUGACUCAAAUUGAGGUAAGGCCAAAAAAAAAAAUAAGUCGGUCUCUGGUCAGCGCGCGCGUCGAUUUUAAUCAUG